CACGACAACACGACACCUCUUCGCCAAGAUGGACACCCCCGUGGCGCCCUCGCAGGCGUUCACGCGCAUGUCGACCAUCAACCUGGCCCAACCCCACUCGCUGCACCCAGAAGCCUGCAAUCCGACAAUGGACCUGGUCGUCCUGUUGCACGAGGACGAGGGGAGGACAAAGGUGGCCUUGUGGCGCAUGGCGUCGGGGAGCAAGGUGUGGGAGGUGGAUAUUGUCGGGAGGAUACUGGGGCUCGCGUGGAGCCGGGGCGGGCUGGUGCUGUCGUUGUUCGUGCUGCGACUACCUUCCUUCCCGGCUGCGAACCCCGCCUCCGCGGUGGAUAAGAGCACUAUUGAGCACCGCUCAGUGCACACGGGCGAGCUUAUCAAGUCGGUUCCCGCGCCGCGCGCGCUGUUCGGCAGCUUGCAAGCUAUCGACUAUGGGGCCGUGACGGACCGUACCCGCGCCCCGUGGUGGGAGAUGCGGUGGCUCGAGGGAGCUGAAAGCUGGCCCACGCCGCAGCCGGGAUCGGCACUCAACCUCAUCGAGCAACUGCCGCGAGUCACGCCAGUCGACCCGCCCAAACCUGUCAUCCUCAACCCCUUCGCGCCGAUCCAGCCCACGGCAAAGGCCAAGCCCGGCGCCAACCCCAAGCUCGCGACCUUUCCUUCCCUCCUCCCCACGACGCCACGCGUGUCUCCAGACGUACUGGCCAUAUCGCCACGCGGUGCGACGGCCUCGCUGCUGACUGGCACGCUAUUACUGCCAGACGGUACGCCGACACCGACGCCACGCUCGACUCUGGCGCUCGCUGAAUCCGCCGACAAGCUCGAAACGCUACUGGACGUGAUUCUGCGUGGGCUCGAGGCGGCGCAGAAUGCGUUCAAGGAGAGCGAGAAGCAGACUAUGAUUUGGAGGGAGGAGCUCGAGACGUGUGCCGAGCAGCAAGGAAUGUCGACGCCUGACGUGCAUGCCGACUUGUUCCGCCUGCUCAUGAUCAGCCGGAGUGGGCCUGCCGUGGCCGAGUGGCUCGGUAAUCGGAUGACGAACAGGACGGUUGCCAAGUGGGAGUCGACGCUCGAGACUGCUUUCAGCACGAUCAAAAAGGUCAUCACCGAGAGCAUCACCCCCGCCCUGGAACGCAUCAUGCUCGUGCUCGACGAGAUGGCGGGUUGGUCCUCCGACCUCGUCGAAUCGGACCUGGUCCUUGACCCCAAGGGCAUUGCGACGGCAAAGGACAUAUGCCGCGGAUUCUCCCUGCUGGUCGAGGACAUGCGCCAAGCCUCCGAGCUGGAAGAGGCGACCUCGGCAGAAUGGUCAAAGUGGCUCCGAUAUGCAGAAAUCUCGCGCUCGGCCGCCAUCACUGACGACUCGGUGCCGAUCGUCACGCACGACAUCAAGCUCGUGUGGUCGUUCAUGAAGAACGGGUUUGUCAACUCGCAGUUCCGACAGAACUUUCCCGUCGGCUCGGCGAACGAUCUGUUGCCUGAGGGCUUGCCGAGGCCAACGACGCCGACGGUGCUCAACCUCGACUCGACGAUCCGCAAUACGCUCUCCCGCCUCACCGGCUCUCCACGACUGCCAGAGUCCGUCGCCUCUCCACCGCAGGCACCAGAUUACAGCUGGAGCUCGUCGCGUGCCUCUCCACGGCCGGACGAGCCAUCGUUCGCCCCAUCGUCACCCGACACAGUUGGCGACAAUGAGAAGGAGCCCAUCGCGCCGGAGGAACCACCCCGCGUCCUCGAACGCGAGCCGUUCCCAUGGGCCAACAGCCUAGUCGCUGCGUGUAGCGCCAUCAUCGCCUCCUCACGCCCACGGAAGCCCGCGCCGGAACCUACACCUGACCCCCUCCUUACGGCGUUACCAAACACACCGUUGGCAGAGCGGAGUAUCGGAUUCCUCCGCUGGCUCGUGGCCACGGGCCCUAGUGGGCUGGAUAUCGUCGCACACGACCUCAACUCCGGCGAGGUACACGCGGCGCGUCUCCAGCUUGAAGACGGCACCAUCACCCAGGCUGCAUUCUUUGACAACGAUGAUCUUGCGGUGGUGUUCGACGCUGGGGGCGAGCACCAUCUAGGCACUGCGAAGGUCGCCGCUCUGGCUGAGCUAAUGGCAAUCGUUGACCUCGCGGCGUUGGGAGAAGAGAGCAUACCACGCGCCGCACUGCCCAUCGACCGCCGCCGCAGCCUCGGCAGCUCGCGACGACACGGCCUCACCGCCGACCCCUGGCUGCUUGCGCUCAAUGGCCGCGCUGGCCGCCGCUCCGGCUGCGUCCUCGUGCGCGGUGGAACACAGGUCGAGGCGCUCGAUCUCGAGGGUGACGAGGAGGAGGAAGAGGAGGAAGUCGAGGAGGACGUCGACAUGGAGUAGGCGCCGGCGCACCCGGCCGCACACAUAGACCGC